AGCCGACCACUGUCCGCUCCUGAAUAUAUCGAUGCAAAAGAGCGGUCGAGACGAUGCGAAACAAAGAUCCAUGCAUUCCAUCCAAUAUACACCAGCCACGGUGCCCUUUCCCGUGUCGUCUUUCAGAACAUGAAACCGUUGACAGCGCACCAGACUGAGUCCGAACCAGCUCUCCGUCAGUGCUCCGCGCAGGGUCAUGGCUUACACGCCAUUUCUGGCCCUGUCACUUCAAACCAUGCAACAUGUCCUAUGUGA